AAAAACAAGUGAAGUGAGUAUUGAGUGCAUGAAAAGUGGAUGGAUGGAAAAGCUAACUUUGGACAGGACAAAUGGAAUGCUGGUAAGCCUUAAAGCUUUUUUAACUAAUGAACAUAAAUGACAAAGUUUUUUUUAGUUUGAUUUAAUUUUGUCAUUUUCGUUGCAUAGAGUAAGAUACUUGUUAUUCUCACACGGCCGUUGCCAUGGCAACCUUGCCCUAUCAGAGAAGGUGCACACUGGCGAUUGCUACAACACAUAUUUUUUGCAGUGGGCCAUGGUCAAUGAGAUUCUUAUUGGAACAUAAUUGACAGCUCAAUGUUUUGUUUUGAUUGUAAGAUGGAAAGUAGCAUCCUAAUAAGUAUUUGUUUUACUCAAGAUUGUGAAGUGCUGAUGAAAAUAACACGAAAUUUUGAAUGAACAAAAAGGCCAAUAAUUUGAACGAAAAGUUUUCUGAAUAGUGAUGAAAAUUGUGUCCUGAAAUUGAUUGGUGUUGUGGUAAAACGGAUACUGUAUGCCGAAAGAAAAGUGACUGUGCGCGAAAGAGUAAGGCAACCGUAUGCCAUGGGAUGGUAAUUGUUGAGUAGAGACUGUUUAUAUAGAGACAUGCAAAGACGGCUUUUUUUGACUGUUGUUCUUCUUUUUGCCACUUUGUUUUCAUAAUUUUGCUGGCGUGUUCGAUAUGUAGAUUUGGUUUCACUCUUUACGGGACUGUGUUAUAUACAGACUGUACUGUUGAUAUCUACGGCAACUGUGUGCCAAAAGGAAAGCGACUGUGCGCUAAAUAGUAAAGGCAACCGUGUGCCAUGGGGAGACUACUGCUUGUUUAUAUCGAAGGCAACUGUGUGCCAAAAGGAAAGCGACUGUGCGCUAGAUAGUAAAGGCAACCGUGUGCCAUGGGGGAGACAACCGUGUGUUAAUGUUGACGGCAACUGUGUGCCAAUUGGAAAAUUUGUGUAACAAAGAUCAAUGCUCGAUACAAAGUAUUGAAAAUAAGACUGAUAAUGAUGACGACGCUCAGUCUACAUAACUUUAUUGGUGAGUAUUCAAUAUUCUAUAUUUAAAUGUAUAUAAAAAAAUGUGUAGUAGUUCAAGGUCGUAUUCAAAAGGUCUAAGGUAAUUUCUCAAAAUUAUAUUUUUGAUGCAUAAUAAGAAACAUGAGAAGAAAAACGACGUGUGAGAAUUUCAAGUAAAAGUAUUUGGGUUUGUGGUUGAUAAUGGAAAAAUAAUGUUAAAUAACGAAUUAAAUAAAUAAAUGCAGAAAAAUUUAAAGAUGUUUUAAUGUGUGGUUCAUUAGUUAGACUUAUUCCAUCCAUUGGCUUAUUUGCUUAUAAUUUGGGUAACUAGAGUUUUUAAUGUUCAUUUAGGAUGGAUAUGAUUCAGCGCAUUCGGCCGUUUAGUUUCGUUGCGGAUAGGUCUCAGCUACCUACAGCAUGGCAAAAAUGGAAGCGUGAAUUACAGAGAUAUUUUGAUGCAAGCGGAGUGAUCUCUCAGUGGGAAAAGCGUUCCCAAAUGCUUCAUUUGGCUGGUUCAGAGGUUCAAGAAGUAUUCGACCAUCUGCCUGGCGUUGAUGACUUUCCUCUCGUCCUAGCUGAUCCUCCGUAUUACGAUGUUGCGAUUCAACGUCUUGAUGAGCACUUCGAACCAAUGCGUAGAAGGAACUACGAACGUCAUUUAUUCCGUCAAAUUGUUCAAAAUUCAAAUGAAAGAUUUGCCGAUUUCAUUCUGCGGUUGCGUAUUCAAGCAAAACGUUGCGAGUUCGAUCGGUACGAUGCUCGAGAGUGUAAUGAUAGAAUCAUCGAGCAAAUCGUGGAAGGUUGUAAGUCUUCGGAGUUACGACGUCAGAUUUUGGUCAAGGAUAUGGUCUUGGAUGAUAUAGUGGCACUAGGAUCUACGCUGGCAGAUGUCCAACAGCAAGUAAAGGAGCUUGAUCGAAAUCCUGUUGCUUUCGAACCGGUAGGACUUAAAUAUAUACUUUUCAUAUAUUGUUACCAAUAAUAGGGUUUUUCGACAGAACUUGAAUAAGGUUUCAACGCGUAUGACCACACAUUUUGCGCCAAGGAAUGAUCGUUUCGACCAGGGUUUCGGCAGGUCAGCUAGAGGAACCGUUGGAUCUUGUUUUGCGUGUGGUCUGAAAGGUCACUGGAAAGGAGAUGACAACUGCCGUGCAAGGAAUGCGAAAUGUGUGAAAUGUAAGGGUACGGGUCAUUUCGCAAAUCGAUGUUUGAAACGUCAGAGCAACAGCCAAGUCAGUUACAAAGCGAAAAGAGUUCGUUUGAUCGAGGAAGACAAAUUGGAUCAACCUAUGGAAGAGAUAUUCUAUGCGAUGGGGAAUAAUACGUUUGAGUUUGUAGUAGGUGGAGUUAAAGUUCCAAUGAUCAUCGACUCCGGAGCAGAUGCGAACGUUAUAACGGAAGAUACGUGGGCUCAGGCAAAUCGUGAUGGCCUUGAGGUUCUGGAAUACAGUCAGUCAGUCGAUCGUAGGUUGAUUGCUUAUGCUUCUACCAAGCCGAUGGAAAUUUGUGGAAUGUUUCGAGCAAUUAUUUGUGCCGGUCAAAAUCAGGUGGACGCAAAGUUCUACAUCGUGAAACAAGGACAACGAAAUUUGCUUGGAGACAAAACAGCGAAACAGUUGGAAGUAUUGAAGGUUGGUUUCGAUAUUUCGUCCAUUUCGAGCUCUGAAUCAACAUGUUUUCCUAAAAUGAAAGGAAUAGUUGUUGAAAUUCCCAUCAACGAAUCCAUUCAGCCCGUACAGCAAGGGUACAGACGAGCUCCUAUCGCACUAGAAGGAAAGAUUCAUGACAAACUCAAAUCUCUACUGGACAAGGACAUAAUCGAGAAGGUUAGCGGACCGUCAGCGUGGGUUUCUCCGAUGGUGCCAGUUUUGAAAGGAUCCGGUGAAGUUAGAAUCUGUGUGGACAUGAGACGUGCUAACCAGGCGGUUCUUCGCGAAUCACAUCCCCUGCCAUUGAUUGAAGAAGUUUUGGGAAGUCUCGGCGGUGCCACAAAAUUUUCAAAACUUGACAUUAAGGAGGCGUAUCAUCAGCUCGAAUUGUCCGAAAAAUCACGAAAAAUUACUACUUUUAUUACAAAAUACGGCCUAUUCAGAUACAAGAGACUGAUGUUCGGAAUUUGUUGUGCUCCUGAACUUUUCCAGAAGGUAAUGGACACAGUUGUCGCGGGUUUGGAAGGUGUAAUUGUCUACCUGGACGAUAUUUUGGUUUUUGGUUCAUCACAAAAGGAGCACGAUGAACGACUGGAAGCCUUGAUGAAUCGUUUGAAAGCUUACGGUGUUCUUUUAAAUCUAGAGAAAUGUUUAUUUAGCGCAGACAAGUUAGAGUUUCUCGGUCAUGAACUAUCUUCCAAGGGAAUCAAACCAAUGGAAAGCCGUGUCCUGGCAAUUCAACAGUUUCGUGAACCAGCAAAUGCAGCAGAACUAAGGAGCUUCCUUGGUCUGGUCACGUAUGUGGGACGAUUCAUUCCUCACUUAGCGACAAAAUCCGAACCUCUCCGACUCUUGCUGAGGGCCGGAAACAAAUUCGUGUGGACAAACAAACAAAAAUUUGCAUUUGACGAGAUAAAACGAGCGAUCUGUGAGAUAAGCUAUCUCGGAUUCUUCAACGUACGGGACAAAUCCAUUUUGAUUGCCGACGCUAGUCCAUCAGGACUUGGCGCAAUUUUACUUCAAGAAGAUGUUAAAGGCGUUAGAAGAAUAAUCGCGUAUGCUAGCAAAUCCUUAACGGACUUGGAGCGGAAAUAUUUUCAAACCGAAAAAGAGGCGUUGGCUCUGGUUUGGGCUGUUGAUAGAUUCAAGUUGUAUCUUCAAGGAAGCCGUUUCAAGCUAAUCACCGAUUGUAAACCGUUACAAUUUUUAUUCAGCCCUCGGUCCAAACCAUGUGCACGUAUCGAACGAUGGGUUCUGAGACUUCAAUCCUAUACCUACGACAUAGUACACGAACCAGGCAGCACUAACUUGGCAGAUGCUCUGUCCAGGUUAUCACAGGCAGAUCAUAAUCCCUUUGAUUCAGAUAAUGAUAAUUAUGUACAGUUGGUAACAAAGAUGUCUACACCGGUUGCUGUAAAUAUAAAGGAGAUCAGAGAAACUUCAGUAGAAGAUGAAAUGUUACGCGAGGUUGUAGAAGCACUCGAUGGAAAUAUUUGGUCAGAACGUGCCAAGGCAUUCAAGCCGUAUGCCACGGAAAUUUGCGUGUCGGAAGGUAUACUACUACGAGGGGAAAGAAUCAUAAUUCCUCUUGUUUUGCGAGGUCGAGUCCUAGAAUUAGCCCAUGAAGGACACCCUGGCAUUGUCGUAAUGAAACGAAGAUUACGUCAAAAAGUAUGGUGGCCAAAUAUGGACAAAGAAGUCGAAAAUUUUGUCAAGAGCUGCAAGGAGUGUACGUUGGUAUCAUCUGUUUCGGCGCCAGAACCAUUAAUUAUGACAAAAAUGCCAGAUAAACCUUGGACGCAUAUUGCUGUGGAUUUUAUGGGGCCCCUACCUUCUGGCGAUAAUCUUUUGGUCCUGGUAGACUAUUUCAGUCGAUUCGUUGAAGUUGUUAUUAUGCGAGAAAUAACUGCGAAGUUAACGAUCCAGGCGCUUCAUGAAACGUUUUGUCGGUACGGAAUACCUGAAUCUAUGAAAACCGAUAAUGGUCCACAAUUUGUGAGCGACGCAAUGGCCCAGUUUAGUGAGGAAUUCGGGAUCAGCCUAAUUAAAACUUCACCAUACUGGCCCCAAGCUAAUGGAGAAGUCGAGAGGGCCAAUAGGGCACUCAAGAAGCGUCUCCAGAUAAGCCAGGAAACAUCAAACAGUGACUGGAAGUGGGACUUGAGAAUGUACCUAUUAAUGUACAACUCUACACCACAUUCGACAACGGGUGUGGCGCCAUCAGCACUGAUGUUCGGAAGAGUGUUACGUGAUAAAUUGCCUGCAUUACCUUCGCGUGGAAACAUUUUGCUCGAGGACGUCAAAGACCGAGAUCAAGAACAAAAGCUGAAGGGAGCUGAGUAUGCCAAUAAACGUCGUCGUGCAGAGCCAAGCCGAAUUGCUGCAGGAGAUAUAGUGAUUGCCAAACGCACGAUUAAGGACAACAAGCUGUCAAGCAACUUUAGUCCUGAGGAAUUGGAAGUUCUACAUCGCAAGGGCUCUGAUGUGUCAUUAAGGUCAAACGCGACCGGGAGAAUUCUACACCGAAAUGUUUCACAUUUAAAACCCAUCGUUUCCAGAGACACGUUGGCAGAACGGGGAAGCUAUGCUGAACUUCAAGAACAUCCAGAUCAAGCAGAAUCAGACUCAAGCCAGAGGGGAACAUCUCGGACAACGGAUAUUGAUUCGGGAAAGGUCCUUGAUCAACGACCGCAACGUAAUUCACAUCGACCGAAAUAUUUGAACGACUAUAAAUUAAAUGUAGUUCGAGAUACUUAAAGAAGAGGAGGGAAUGUAGUGUCGGUAACGGGUAGUCGUUACUCUAGCAUACAGGGAACUAAAGAAUUUGAAUUGUUAGAGUCAUA